UAAUUUCUUCAUAUAAAUAAGACUUCAAUAAUUAGGUUUCGUCCAUUCAAACCAUUCUUUGAUUAAUAUCAUAACAUAAAGAGUAGCUAAAUUAAAGAAAAAUUAAGCUUUGAAGGGCCAUAGAAGAAGAGAAAAAAUGAGGCAAGCAAGGACAUAUUCUGCAGGGUUAGUAUGUGGAGGAAUUUCAGGGAGAAAUACUGGGCCUCACUCAUUGCCAUUGGCGAGGAUCAAGAAGAUCAUGAAAAAAUCCAGCGACGACGUUAAGAUGAUCUCCGGCGAGGCACCGAUCGUUUUCGCCAAGGCUUGUGAGCUUUUCAUUGAGGAGAUCACUAAGAGAUCUUGGAUGGUUACAGUUCAAGGGAAGAGGAGGACACUUCACAAAGAUGAUGUUGCAUCUGCUGUUGUUGCCACUGAUUUGUUUGAUUUUCUUGUCAACUUGGUUGAUAAUUCCAGUAAUAAUCACAACAACUCUGCAGAUAGGGCUUCAGAAGAUGAUCAAAUGGAGUCUCUGGACUCAUAGAGACUUCACCAUCUUGAUAAUUCUGACUCAAGUACAGAUCUGCAUUUGCUAUAUAUAAUUCCAAAGGUGACAUAAAGUA